AAAUUAAUAUUGCAACAAAAAUGAACUCUAGUCCUCGCUUUCAUUGCAAAUUGCAAACAUUUUACAAAAGUGGGUAAAAACUUUUCCGCGUGACGUUGCAACUAAAGUUGAGAAUUUUCAACAACAAAAAAUGAGAACAUUUACUAUUCUACCAAAAUAUUAGUACAAGUGUGCAAUAAUUACGCGAAUGCGAUUGAAACAUUACGUGCAUUACGUCAUCAAGUCAAGUGUUUAGAAAAGACAUUUAUAUGUGUGUGCGUAUGUGCCUGUGCUAUAUUGUCGGAGCUUUUUCAUCAUAAAAAGCAAAACAAACAAAGGAAGUGGUUCAGACAAACAAUUGAAGGACAAACUGAAUUGAGGGCAUACAGAUCUGUGUUUCGUUGCAAUAACUUUUCAUUUCCAUUUUCGUUCUAUAACGUUGAUAAAUUUUCGAAAAUAUGAUUCAUGUGGGCGAAAAUACGUGGAAUUUACGAAUUUUUAUAACAGAUCUCCAGAUUGAGAAGCAACUUCGCGUCAGAGGCGAUCAGCAUAUAGGUGGAUUAAUGUUACAGCUGGUAGAUCCAGAAAAUCCGAAAGAUUGGUCUGAUCAUGCCUUAUGGUGGCCAGACAAAAAUAUGUGGUUGACGCGUACUCGUUCUACUUUGGAUCAGGUGGGCGUGCAAGCAGAUUGUCUGCUACACUUUACACCUAUGCAUAAAAUACUUAGAGUACAGCUGCCCGAUUUGCGUUAUUUAGAUUGCAGAGUCGAUUUUUCAAUUAACACCUUUGCGGCGAUUGUUAAUUUGUCCAAAGAUUUAGAUAUUAGACAUCCAGAAGAGCUGUCAUUUUGCAAGCCAUUAGAACACGAGCAUUUAAAGAAAAAUUUCGGCAAAUUUCCUCAGCGAAAGGUACCCAUAGUCGAACCAAAUGGCAUGGUUUAUUUGCAGCCUGCUCCGGAUACGAAUUCUUUUAUACCCAUUAAUUCAGCUUACAAAGGCAGCAAUAGCAGUUUGGACAGAACGCAAAAUGGGAAUUUGUUAUGCGCACCAGUAGCACCAUACGCUACAACUCCUAGAAGAGCUGGAACGGCUCCGGGUACUCCUAUAGGUUCACCUACAGGCACAUGGAAGACUAGCACUAAUGGCUACGCCACGUUUGAUUCCUCUUCUAGUUUAGGUGACUUUCAGGAAAAUUUGGCUGCUUCACCUCGAGCUCCCAGUCCGGACGUAAGAGCUCGUCUGGUCAGGCCAAAAACGUUAAUUGAAAAAGCCCGCAUGAAUGUGGGAUGGCUAGAUUCUUCUCUAUCCAUUAUGGAGCAAGGUAUACGAGAAUAUGAUACCCUAUGCUUGAAGUUCAAAUAUUACACUUUCUUUGACCUUAAUCCAAAAUACGAUCAAGUUCGCAUUAAUCAAUUGUAUGAGCAGGCAAAGUGGUCGAUAUUGAAUGAAGAACUUGACUGCACGGAAGAGGAAAGCCUAAUGUUCGCGGCUUUACAAUUUCAAAUAAAUCAAUUAAAUGAAUGCUAUCCCGGUUUUAAAACAGACUUUGAUUCUUCGGGGUUGGACAAUGGUAUCGAUGACGAUAUUGAUUCAGCUUUGAAUGAAUUGCAAAUCACAUUGGAGGGCCCUUAUCCAAGUGCAGACAGCAAUAUUACGAAAAUUCCUGAAUUGGCAGAUUAUUUACGUUUUUUAAAGCCACGAAAAUUCACUAUGAAAGGAUAUAAACGUUAUUUCUUCGCCUAUCGGGAUCUUCAUUUGCAUUUGUAUAAGACGGCAGAAGACUCCCGUCGUGGUGCUCCGGUUAUUACGAUAAAUUUACGUGGUUGCGAAGUAACACCUGACGUAAAUUUAUCUCAAGGUAAAUAUGCUAUACGCUUGGAAGUCCCACCUGAGGGACGAAAUGGCCCUAACACCGAGGUAUGGAUUAGAUGCGAAACCGAAGAUCAAUACGCGAAAUGGAUGGCUGCCUGUCGUUUGGCUUCCAAAGGUCGUUCUCUAGCCGAUAGCUCUUAUGAAAGCGAGGUAUCCAAUAUACGUACACUCUUGACUUUACAAAAACCCGCCCACGGUGCCGCAAUCAAUAUUGAUCCACGCUCAGUCGAUGCUAACGAUUACUUAUCACCCAAAAUGUUGCGUAAAUUGUCAGGAAAAGCAGCCCAACGCAUCUUGGAAGCUUAUGCUAAUGUCAAUAAGUUAUCAUUGACAGAUGCGAAAAUGAAAUAUAUUCAAGCUUGGCAAUCGCUACCUGAUUUUGGUGUCUCUCUGUUUGUCAUCAAAUUCGACGGUCAUAAAAAGGAAGAAUUACUUGGUGUGGCACAUAAUCGCAUAAUGCGUAUGGAUUUGAAUACUGGUGAUCAUAUUAAAACGUGGCGGUACAAUACCAUGAAAGCUUGGAAUGUCAAUUGGGGCAUUAAGUGUAUGAUGAUACAAUUUCACGAUGAGAAUGUUGUUUUCUCAUGCCUCUCGGCCGAUUGCAAAGUUGUCCAUGAAUUUAUAGGCGGUUACAUAUUUAUGUCUAUGCGUUCAAAAGAAAAUAAUCAAACUUUAAACGAGGAAAUGUUUCAUAAAUUAACAGGGGGUUGGAUUUAAAAAUUAUUUUUCGAAAUUAUUCUAAAAGUGUUCUAAGUCGACUUUUUAUCAAUCAAUCAAUUAUUUAUUAUUAAUUAAUAUUAAUCAGUAAUAACGCUACUUCCAAUUUAAUAUUCUCUCCUUUUUAUACAUAUUACCUCCAUUACAUACUAAUAUUAUUGAGAAAAACAGAAAAGAAAUAUUAAAACAAACGCACAAUUUUUACAUCACAUACUACAUCGAGUGUCGAGUGACUUCUUCAACAUAUAUAAUUCAAUAUA